AUGCCGAGUUUAUCACAGACUCCAGGCUGGUGGGUGACUCUGCGCGAAGGUACCGGACGCACCAUUGUCCAGAUCAGCCCUACCGGUCAGCAGACCCUGUUCGCCCAGAUUAACACCGGGGAACCUGUUGGACUUUCCACCGCUCUAGUUGUUCUCCAGAGCGGCUGGGUUAUCGUCGGGAAUACGCCCACAAUUGACGGCACGUCCGCCACCGUCAUGCGAGGUUCCAUCUUCGUUUUGGACGCGUUCGGCAGUGUGCGGGCGGAGCUGAAGAACAACUUCAUCAACGGGCCUUGGGGAGCCACAGUCGCGGACUUUGGCGGUAGUGCUUCCCUUUUCGUAAGCAACGUGAUCGCGCCUGCCAACGGGACAAUCGUGCGCUGGAGUCUAAACAACAUAAGAAGCGCGGACGACCCCCGUAACCGGCCCCCCCAGUUAACUAACCCGAACAUUGUCGCAAACAAUAUCGGCGCGGCUCUAGACCCGGCGGCUGUGGUGAUUGGUCCGGUGGGGCUGGGCUACGCCAACAAUCAGCUCUUCGUAUCCGAUGAGGUUCACAACCGGGUUCUCCAGUUCAAUAAUGUCAUCGUCGGUAACCUCAACCCUAACCCGGUUGUCGUGACCUCCGACAACGCCCUUCAGCAGCCCAUCGGCCUCACUCUGACGCCCAACCAGAACCAAGCACUGAUCGUCAACAAUCUGAACGGGAAUCUGGUUGACUUCACGAUCCCUGCCCGCGGAGUCCAGCUGGCGACUGCGACCGUGUCCAACUUUGGCGCGAGGAGUCUUUUUGGUCUCGCCGCCACGAUCAACCAGUUUGGCCAGAGGAAGGUGUACUUUGUCAACGACGGAGAUAACACGCUCAACGUGCUGCAGUGA